GGCCCAAUAGGAGCGGGGCGGCCGCACGGCGGCCGGGAGAGCGGAGGUGAAGAUGGCGGUGGUGGCGCCGCUGCUGGCGCUGCUGUACUCGGUGCCGGGGCUGUGCCGCUGGCUGGUGCGGCCCUACUACCCGCUCUCCGCCCUGCUCGCCACCGCCUUCCUGCUCGUCCGCAAGGUCCCGCCGCUCUGCCAAGGGCUGCCCUCCCAGCGUGAGGACGGCAACCCCUGCGACUUCGACUGGCGGGAGGUGGAGAUCCUCAUGUUCCUCAGCGCCAUCGUGAUGAUGAAGAACCGACGCUCCAUCACCGUGGAGCAGCACAUCGGGAACAUUUUCAUGUUCAGCAAAGUAGCGAACGCCAUCCUCUUCUUCCGCCUCGACAUUCGCAUGGGCCUGCUCUACCUCACGCUCUGCAUAGUGUUCCUGAUGACCUGCAAGCCGCCCCUCUACAUGGGCCCCGAGUACAUCAAGUACUUCAGCGACAAGACCAUAGAUGAGGAGCUGGACCGGGACAAGCGGGUGACCUGGAUCGUCGAGUUCUUCGCCAACUGGUCCAGCGAGUGCCAGUCCUUUGCCCCCAUCUUUGCCGACCUCUCUCUCAAGUACAACUGCUCGGGGCUGCACUUCGGGAAGGUGGACGUCGGCCGGUACACGGAUGUCAGCACCAGGUCUGGCGGGAGGUGGCCUGGGCAGCAGGGCCUGUGCCGGGCAGAGUCCCCAGGAGUCCCCCCCCCAGCCCCCUCCAGCUGCCUGGGAGUCACCGCCAUCCUCUCCUGCUCCUGUCGCAGGUACAAGGUCAGCACCUCGCCCCUCACCAAGCAGCUGCCCACCCUCAUCCUCUUCCAGGGCGGGAUAGAGACCAUGCGCCGGCCGCAGAUCGACAAGAAGGGCCGGGCCGUGUCCUGGACCUUCUCCGAGGAGAACGUGAUCCGGGAGUUCAACCUCAACGAGCUCUACCAGAAGGCCAAGAAGCAGUCGAAGCCGCGGGAGGAGGGGCCCGAGGAGCCCCCUGGAGUGCAGGCAGCUGCCGGACACCCCAACGGGGAGACCAAGAAGGACAAGUAGAAGCUGCUGUGUGCCGUCACCCAUCACCACGUCACCGUCACCCUGGUGGCACCAGCCCCGCAGGGGCUGCUCUGGGUGGGGUGGGUCCCGCCAAGCCCCGGGUGAGCAGGGGGGCUCCCGCAGCCCCCGUGUGGCAGGGCCCUGGUGCGGGCAGGGCAGUGGGACAGACUCCGCGCUCGGUUAACGCUCAUCCUCAUCGCUGACAAUAAACGGUCCGUGCCCGUG